CAUGUGACUGAUAAUGCGAUCUCAAAAGAGGGCGGAACCAAGCGGAGGCUGAUAAAGACUUUCGGAUAUAUAAAGGAAAUUUUAGUGAUCGAAUAUACAGUUUGGUGUGGUUCAUAUUAAAGUAAAGGUUCUAAAAGAACGUGACUUUUUCACACAGCAAGAUGAAAGCCAUACUUUCUGUCGCCCUUCUGAUGUGCCUGGCUAUGGUUUACUCUUAUACCGAGGCGAAUUUCGAAUUAGACUGUCCAAUUCCGAACAAAGAAAACGCAACUCUUCUUCCUCACCCGACCAACUGCAACAGUUACUUCGUCUGCGAGACUGGCGAACCGAUCCCGAUGACGUGUCCCAAGGGACUGCACUUCAACCCUAAACUCUCCGUUUGCGAUUGGCCGUGGCGAGCGCACUGCAAAGCAAGAGGUUAAUGGAUUUAUUCGUUAUAAUGACCAGCACGUCAUUAAUAUAAUCGUAUAACAUUACACGAACAUUAUCUUGUUGUACUAUAGAGUCAUCGCAUAGCUUACACGAGCAAUUUUUGCGUAUACGCUAUGUAACUAAUAAACGUCUAUCCAUUAUCUGAACUUA